AUGUUUAAAUCCGAUAGAUAGAAGUACAAUAAGGAAAGAAUAUUUACAAUAAAUUCAUUUGGAAAGACAGAAAGUGAAGUUUACCCAACAAAUUUCAUUAAGACUUCCAAGUAUAAUAUAGUAACAUUCCUACCACUAUCUCUGUUGGGUUAAUUUAGGAGAUAUGCAAAUAUUUAUUUCCUUUUUAUUGCCAUAAUUCAAAGUUUCCCUAUUAUAUCACCUUUAAAUCCAAUAUCAGCAAUAGCUCCAUUAGUAUUUGUUUUAGGAUUAUCCAUGAUAAGAGAAGGUAAAUUAUCAAUUUGAUUAAAAAGCUAUGGAGGAUAUCAGCAGACAUAAAUCUGAUAAUGAAGUAAAUGCUAUGGAAUGUACUAAGAUUGUGAAUAAUAAAUAAGUCAAAACUACUUGGGCUAAUGUUAGAGUAGGAGAUUUAUUGUUUGUGUCUGAAAAUGAGAUGUUUCCAGCUGAUCUAAUAGUAUUAACCAGUUAUUUUGAGAGUGGAGUUUGUUACAUUGAAACUUCAUCAUUAGAUGGGGAAAAGAACUUGAAACCAAAAUCUGCUAUCAAAGAAACUUAAACCCUAUUUCAAUAUAAGGAGGGCGAUUCAAAGAUAUCUAUGAACAAAAAUUAGUAAUUCAAAGCUUAAGGCAAUCCUCCAACACCAGCAUUAGGUGAUUUUGAAGGUUCAAUUCAUUUCCCUGAUGGAUCAAAAAAGUAUAGAGUCUAUAAGUAUCAAGAGUUUUGAAUGGCAAAUAAUUGUUAUUGAGAGGUGCAUUUCUAAGGAAUACAAAAUUUAUAGUAGGCGUAAUAGCUUAUACAGGAGAAGAUACAAAAAUAAUGAGAAAUGCAGAACCUUCAAGAAUCAAAUAGAGUACUAUAGAAAAUACAAUGAAUAAAUUGAUAUUGGGAAUAUUGGGUGUAUAAAUAAUAGCCUGUGCUUUAUCAGCUGUUUUAUCUUCAUGGUGGUUGCAUAAAUCAUUUAGCAAACACAUAUAUAUUAUAAUGACAGAAUAAAAUUAUACUUUGUUAUCUGUCAUUGGUUUCUUUUCAUUCUUUCUACUUUAUAAUACUAUGAUACCUAUAUCCUUAGUUGUAUCAAUGGAAUUUGUUAAGGUUUUUUAAUGUUAUUUCAUAAAUAAAGAUUAGGAUAUGUAUUCUUCAAAAAGAGAUAAAUUUGCUAAAGCUUAAACAUCAACAAUUAAUGAAGAAUUAGGUUAAGUUGAAUAUGUAUUUUCUGAUAAGACUGGAACAUUAACUUGUAAUCAAAUGGAAUUCAAAUAUUGUAUAAUUGGUGAUGUAUUAUAUGGAAAAAGUGAAAAAACCAAUUAUUUAACAUCAGCAAAUUCUAAUAAUAAUAAUGGUAAUGGAUAAUAAGAUCCUACUCAAUUCAAACAUUCAGUGUUUAAUUUUUAAGAUUAAAUACUAACUGGAAUUAUUGAAGAUAGUGAAGAUUGUUAAAAGUAUUCAGAAUAAAAAAGAAAAUUAAUCAUAUAAUCAAAUGAUAAAAAUGCUACAUUAGAAAUAAAGACAUAAAAACAAUUAGUUCAUGAAUAUCUUAUGUUACUCUCUAGUGCUCAUGAAUGUAUAGCAUAGAAAAAUAAAAACUCUUAAAUUACUUAUUAAGGACCUUCUCCAGAUGAAAUUACAUUAGUAGAUGCUGCAAUGAAUUUAGGUUAUAUAUUUGAAGGAUAAUCUGCAAAUGAAUAAGAAGUAAUUAAUAUUAUUAUAAAUUUAGUUUACAAUUAGAGGUAAAUAAAAAAAAGUUGAACUUCUUUCAUAAUUUGAAUUUGAUUCAAAUAGAAAAAGAAUGAGUGUAAUAAUCAAAGAUAAUGGAAUUUAUAAAUUGUAUAUUAAAGGAGCAGAUAGUAUUAUUAAAGCUAGAUUAAAACCAGAUUAGCCAUUUUUAGGAUUUAUUUAAAAUAAAUUAUCAGAGUUUAGUAGUAUUGGAUUAAGAACUUUAUUAAUGGCAAUGAAAAUUUUAUCUGAAUAAGAGUAUCUUGCAUUUUAAAAAUAGAAGGAUGCACUUGCAUCAUCUGAUAAAAGAGAAUAGGAAAAUGAAGAAUUAGCUAAUAAUUUAGAAAAAGAUUUAUAUUUAUUAGGUGCAACUGCAGUUGAAGAUAAAUUAUAAGAUGAUGUUCCAGAAACCAUUGCAGAUUUAUUAAAAGCAAAUAUUAAAGUUUGGAUGCUUACUGGAGAUAAAUUAGAAACUGCUGAAAAUAUUGCUAAAAGUUGUAGAUUAAUCUAAAAUGAUUUCAUGGUUAUGAAAUACUCAGAAACAGAUCUAAAUAAAUUAAGAUUUUAAUUAUCAGAAAAUAAAUUAACUUAUUAAGCUUGUAUAAAAGAAAGGAAAAAGAAAUCAAUUUUAGUAGAAGGUGAAUCUCUAGUCAUGUUAACUAAUAAUUAAUAAUUAAAGAGAGAAUUCACAAAAAUGGCUAUGGGUUGUGAUAGUGUUGUAUGUUGUAGAGUUACACCAAAAUAAAAAGCAGAAGUUGUUCAUUUGGUUAAAGAUCUAAAUAAAAUAACAUUAGCUAUAGGAGAUGGUGCUAAUGAUGUCAAUAUGAUAUAAGAGGCACAUAUUGGAAUAGGUUUAUAUGGUAAUGAAGGAAUGAGAGCUGUUUAAAGUAGUGAUUAUGCUUUAGGUGAAUUUAGAUUUUUAUGGAAACUCUUAUUAAUACAUGGUAAUUGGUCAUAUAUUAGAAUAUCAGAAAUGAUUCUUUAUUUCUUUUACAAGAAUAUGAUUUUUACUGUUCCUUAAUUUUUGUAUUCUUUUUAUAGUGCAUAUAGUGCUUAAACCUAUUUUGAUGAUUGGUAUAUCACAUUUUAUAAUUUGUUUUUUACUUCUCUUCCAUUAAUUGCCAGAGCCACUUUAGAUAGAAGUGUCUAUUAUAAAAUGAAUAUAAGAAAUGAAGAAUACUCUGAUAUUUAUAAGAAAUCAACUCAAUAUCUUAAAGGAAAAUUCCCUCUUCUUUAUUCAAUUGGCUAAAAAUAAACCAUAUUUACAUUAUCAAAUUUUAUAUUCUGGUGGGGCUAAGGAUUUAUACAUGGAUUAUUUGUAUUCUUCAUUACUUAUGCAUGUUAUGAUACAGAAUAAGUUAAUAUCAAUGGAUAAAAUGCUGGUUUUGCUACUCUUUCAAUUACAACAUAUACAGCAAUUAUAUUUGUAUAUUAAUUCAUUUAUUUAUUAGAUAGUGGAUAUUAAAAUUGCACUUUAUACUAAAUUUUGGACUUGUGUUAAUGUAAUCACACUUGUCUUAUUUUCUGUAGGAAUUUAUAUUGCAUAUUUUUUUAUCUCCAACUUUUUUAGAGGAACUUAUUCUGAAUUUACACCUUUUUAUUUAAUUCAAUCUCCAAAUUUUUAUUUAAUUAUUGCACUACUUAAUUCUAUUGUUUUUAUAUUUGAUUUGGUUAUUAAUGCUAUUAUACAUGAAUUUUAUUCAAAUGAAACUGAUAAAAUUAUUAAGUGGAGAAGAGAGUUUAAAGAAUUAGCAAGAGAAGGUAAUGUUCUAUAAAAAAUUGAAAUGAUGCAAUAAGGAAAAAGAGAAAAUGGACAAAGAGAUUGGGGAGAUACAUUUUAUGAAUAAAUUUUAGAUGAGAGAUUAAAAUCAGAAAGAGACUAAAAUAUUUUUGAUGAACAAUAAGCAAUUUUAGAUUCUAAAGUCUAGCAUUAUGCAACAUCUCCAGUUAAUCUAGAUAAUAGUGAACAAAGCAAUAGACAAUUUCAUCAAAGAACUGAAUUAUAACAAAUUCCUCAUCCUCUUCAAAAUAAUAACUCAAAAAUUAUCAAUUAUUAAAUGUCUAAACAAUAAUAAUAGAAUUUUCACAAUGUAAAUGAAGAUAGUAAAAUAAAUCAUCCAUAGUAAUAAAGAAUCUAUGUAAGAUGA